AUGAGAUCGUCAGCAGGAGAAAGGGAGUCAGAGGUCGAGAAGGCGCCGUCCAGCGAGAUGACCUCGACAACAGAAGCCAACGAAUCCACCACCAUGGCCAGCGAAAAGGCCACCGACGAGCCAGACAUGGUGGACUGGGACGGCGACGAUGACCCGCAUAACCCGCAGAACUGGUCUCUCACGCGGAAAUGGUGUCUCGUCGGUCUCGUAUCAGCAGUGACCUUCAACAUCUCCAUGGCCUCAACGGUAACCGCACCCGCCGUGCCCUUGAUCAUGGCCGGAUUCAACCAAACCAACGCAGAGCUGCAGUCCUUCGUGGUCUCCAUUUACAUUCUGGGGUUUGCGUUCGGGCCUUUGGUCGUGGCUCCCCUAAGCGAGCUAUACGGGCGUUCUCCGAUCUUGCACGUUACCAAUAUCGUCUUUCUUAUCUUCAAUAUUGCCUGCGCGGUGAGCACCAAUCUGGCCAUGUUCACUGUGUUUCGAUUGAUUGUGGGUCUGAUGGCCUGUACGCCUGUGACUCUUGGGGGAGGCUUCAUUUACGAUCUCAUGCCGGCGGAGCACCGCGCAAGGGCGUUGAUGAUCUGGACGAUGGGGCCUUUGAUGCGUGAUCUCACUGACAACGGUAUAGGUCCUGUCGUCGGGGGAUAUCUGGCCGAGGGAGCUGGAUGGCAAUGGGUGUUUUGGCUCGUCACUAUACUAUCCGCCAUCCUAACAACAGCAUGCUUCAUCUUCGUCCGCGAAACCUACGCCCCCGUCCUCCUCACCCGCAAAGCCGCCACCCUCCGCAAACAAACCGACAACCCAGCCCUCCGCUCCAAAUACGACAGCCAAACCAGCACGCUCGACACAUUCCUCCGCGCCAUAGUGCGCCCCACCAAGAUGCUCCUCUUCGCCCCCAUCGUAACCCUCCUGGCACUCUACAUCGCGAUGAACUACACCUACCUGUACCUCCUCUUCACAAGCUUCACCUACAUCUUCAUGUCCACCUACGGCUUCAACGAAGGCGAAGCCGGCCUCGCCUACCUCGGCGUCGGGGUGGGAUUCAUUCUGGGCCUGCUCUGCACGGGCUUCUACUCGGACAAGUAUCUCAAACAGGUGCGGAGUACCCGCCCCGCGGUGCCAGAGGACCAUCUUCCGCCGACGGUUGUGGGGGCGGUGCUCGUCCCUGUGGGGCUUUUCAUCUACGGCUGGACGGCGCAGUAUGCCGUCCACUGGAUUGUGCCGAUCGUGGGCACGGGCAUCUUUGGAUUCGGGGUGUUGUUGGGUUUCAUGCCUGUGCAGGUUUAUCUUGUGGAGACGUAUACUAUCUUUGCGGCGAGUGCUAUUGCGAGUAAUACGGUUGUGCGGUCUUUGCUCGGGGCGGUGCUGCCGUUGGUGUCGCAGAGGUUGUAUGAUGAUCUUGGGUAUGGCUGGGGGAAUAGUCUGCUGGGGUUUAUUGCUGUGGCUUUUAUUCCGGCUCCGGUCUUUUUGCUGAAGUAUGGGGCGGCGAUUAGGUCGAAUCCGAAGUUUCAGGUGCGGUUGUAG